ACUGCCGGGUGGAGGGGCCAGGCGAGUGUCCUUAUCCUAGCGAUUGGGGCUCGGGCCUGUAAGCCAGUUGGAGUCGCCGCGGCGAGAACGAGUGGGCCGAGCGGAGGAAGACAUGUUGCUCUUCGUGGAGCAGGUAACAUCUAAAGGAACUGGUUUAAAUCCUAAUGCCAAAGUAUGGCAAGAAAUUCCUCCUGGAAAUACUGAUGCCACUCCAGUAACUCAUGGAACUGAAAGCUCUUGGCAUGAAACGGCAGCCACAUCGGGGUCUCAUCCUGAGGGUAAUACAGAGCUUUCAGAUGAUAUGUGUAAGGAGUAUGAAGUAAUGUAUCCAUCUUGUGAAACCACGAGAAAUACUACAGGCAUUGAAGAAUCAACCGAUGGAAUGAUUUUAGGGCCAGAAGAUCUGAGUUACCAAAUAUAUGAUGUUCCUGGAGAAAGCAAUUCAGCAAUUUCUACAGAAGACCUAAAAGAAUGUCUGAAGAAACAAUUAGAAUUCUGUUUCUCACGAGAAAAUUUGUCAAAGGAUCUUUACCUGAUAUCUCAAAUGGACAGUGAUCAAUUCAUCCCAAUUUGGACAGUUGCUAACAUGGAAGAGAUAAAAAAGCUGACCACAGACCCUGAUCUAAUUCUUGAAGUGUUGAGAUCUUCUCCCAUGGUACAAGUUGAUGAGAAGGGCGAGAAAGUGAGACCAAGUCAUAAGCGUUGUAUUGUGAUUCUUAGAGAGAUUCCCGAAACAACGCCAAUAGAGGAAGUGAAAGCUUUGUUCAAAAAUGAAAACUGCCCCAAGGUGAUAAGCUGUGAGUUUGCACAUAAUAGCAACUGGUAUAUCACUUUCCAGUCAGACACAGAUGCACAACAAGCUUUUAAAUACUUAAGGGAAGAAGUUAAAACAUUUCAGGGCAAGCCAAUCAUGGCAAGGAUAAAAGCCAUCAAUACGUUUUUUGCUAAGAAUGGUUAUCGAUUAAUGGAUUCUAGUAUGUAUAGUCAGCCCAUUCAAACUCAAGCACAGUAUGCCUCACCAGUCUUUAUGCAGCCUGUAUAUAAUCCUCACCAACAGUACUCGGUCUAUAGUAUUGUGCCUCAGUCUUGGCCUCCAAAUCCUGCACCUUACUUUGAAACACCGCUGGCUCCCUUUCCCAAUGGUAGUUUUGUCAAUGGCUUUACUUCACCAGGAUCUUAUAAAACAAAUACUGCUGCUGUGAAUAUGGGUCGACCAUUCCAAAAAAGUCGCGUGAAGCCUCAUUUUAGGUCAUCAAGUGGUUCCGAACACUCAACAGAGGGCUCUGUGUCAUUGGGGGAUGGACCAUUAAACAGAUCUGGUUCAAGGAACUUUCCAACUGAACGGCAUAACCCUACAGUAACAGGGCAUCAGGAGCAAAGCUACCUUCCAAAAGAGACUCCCACUUUGCAGAUGGAACAGAAUGGGGACUAUGGUAGGGGCAGGAGAACUCUUUUCAGAGGUCGAAGACGACGAGAUGACGACAGGAUCCCAAGACCCCAUCCUUCAACAGCUGAAGCAAAGGCUCCAACACCAAAGUUUGACUUAUUAGCCUCAAAUUUUCCUCCUUUACCUGGAAGUUCAUCAAGAACGCCAGGUGAACCCUUUUUGGAGAGUAGGAUGUCUGAUGUUGUUAAAGGUGUCUACAAAGAAAAGGAUAAUGAAGAGUUGGGAUUUAGUUGCCCAGUGCCUACAGAGGAUGAACAGACAGACUGUACCUCUGUGCAGCAGCUCAGUAUGAGUACCAGUCCUCCAUGUACAGCUGAGCUUCCAACAUUAAGCAUAACUCAGCAAGAAAAGGAUUUAAUAGAGGAUUCCACUGUUCAGAAGGAUGUUCCCAACCAGACAGCUAUACCACUUUCUUCUCCAAGUACUGCAAAGCCAUCGAGGACAAAUACUGCUUCACCAUGCAAUAGUAACGUAAAUGCAGCUGCAGCUGUGGCACUACAGGAACCCCGAAAGCUAAGUUAUGCUGAAGUGUGCCAGAAGCCCCCUAAAGAGCCGUCUCCAGUUCUUGUGCAGCCGUUACGAGAACAUCGCUCCAAUGUAGUAUCUCCCACCAAAAAUGAAGAGAAUGGAACUCCUGAGAAGUCCAUCGAGAAACCACAUGAAAAGCCAGAAGCAAGGGCUAGUAAGGAUUAUUCUGGCUACCGAGGCAAUACCAUUCCCAGGGGAGCAGCUGGAAAAAUCAGGGAACAGAGACGCCAAUUUGGCCACAGGGCUAUACCUCAGGGAGUGACUCGACGUAAUGGCAAAGAGCAAUAUGUGCCACCCCGAUCACCAAAGUAAAAAAAAACUAUUCACAAACUUCUCUCUUCCCAUUAAACUUGAGCCGUGGCUAUACUGAACUGUUUUGGAGGGGAGGGGGUAGCCAGGAAGGAAACAGGAGAAAGUACGUCCUUAAAUCAUUAUGGAUUUUGGAGUGGUGAGCAGUAGAAUCCCAAAAUUCAUCUCUAAAGUGAUUUUAAAAUGCUAGAGGAUUCCAAUCAGUAUAAAUAUAUAUAUAUAUGUAUACAUAUAUAAAAAUAUAAUUUUUCUAUUUUUGUUUUUGAUUUUAAUUUGCAGAGAUCUUCUGCCUGGAAUCAAUUUUGAGGGUUCAGAUUUAGCUUGGGGCAAAAACAUAUUAUACAUGCUUCAGUAUAGGGGAUGAGGGAGUGAGAGAAAAUAUUUUUUGAAGAAGCGUUUCUGUAAAAUUAGAAAUUACUUUUUUUAAUCUAUUUAAAGUUUGGCUUGGAGAAUGCCAUCUCUGCCUAUAUGGCCUUGUGUUACAGAUCAGUGGCUGGGUGCCUGUCAUAGUGUGUGUGUGUGUGCAAGAGUGAGUGAAGCCAGAUCUCUUGUCAUGUUAGGGAAUGAUUUGAAAACUGAAUGUAAUACUUGAGUAGAUUUUUUUUCCAGUUUGAAAUUUAGUCUGUCUUUCUGACCUUACUAAUAUUUCAUUCAACAAGCAGUUAAACUCUGAUUGUACUUGGAGAUGUGACUACCAAUCAAUUUGACACUCAAGGAAAGAAUAGGGGUUAUUCAAAAAAUUGGAAAUUUGUCUUAGAUCUCAGUGGAUAGAUCAAAUGGAUUCAAGAGAUUUAAAGUACCCUGUGAUUUUUUUCUCCCUCCUAAAAUAGGAAACAGUUUUUUCUUUGUUUGUUACUCUCUGUUCUUUGACUACCCACCCCCAAAAGCAAAAUAACCAACCACCUACAGAAUUGUAUGUUUCUAACUGCCUUGACCAGUCUAGUCAAAUCCUAUAACUGUUCUAAAUUUCUGAGUAGAACGUUGAAGUAUUUUACUCAUCUCUUCAGGUCUUGAGAACUUUAGGUCCUAGAAUGGUAGGGCAGACUGACUCUACAGUAAUUUAUUUGUGUUGGUGUUAAAAAUGAAACAUUGUAACUGACUCUUAAAGUGUCACAUAGUGUAGAAGUAAAAAAAAAUUUUUUUAAGGCUUAAUUUGGGGGCAACUUUUUUCUGUUUACAGUGUAUUUAUCACCUUCCUUCCCUUUCUCAAAAAAGAAAAUACAGUUUGGAAUUCACAGAAACAGAACUAGCAAGUCACAAGAUUUUUGAGUUAAGGUGAGAAAGAUAGUUGAAGAAAAUUAAUACAUAAUUUCUCAGUGAAUAAAGUUGUAGCUCUCAUAUUAAAUAGGCAAGUUUACAUGCUGGUGUUUAGAAAAUGGCUAAAAAUAUUAAAAACCAUGUUGCAUUAAUCUGUUUUAAGUCAUACCAUUUUCAGAGUUCUAUGUAAGGUAAGGUUUUGUUUUCUUUUUAGGGAUAGUUUGUAAUAGUAAUAACUGUCCCUUAUGUUAGUGAAUUACAUAUGUACAAAUUGAAACUGUAAAUUGUGAACACUGGAAAGCACCAUUGUGACAUAGAGUAAACAUCUUAGUAAUAUAUAAAGUGAAUGUAAAUGGAGGUUAAAAUUACAUUACUGUGAAACUCAUGUUCCAACUCUAAGUUAAGCUUUGGAGAAUUUGUAUUAAUAGGUAACUGUUCAGAGCUUUGAAAACACUGCACAUUUCUGUACAAGCCAGAAUUACCAUUUCUUUGUAACUUAUUAUUCAGCUUGGCAAUUGUUUUUGAUUUGGUGGAUUGAUAACAUAGUAUAGUAUAUUUAAGCAGUUUGAAACUAUUCAUUUCUACACACUAUUUUUUAAAAUCAUCUACUAGAUGAAACAUACAAUAAAACUACCUGUGCUGAAAUUUGGGGGAAGCUUUAGGUCCUUUAAAAAAAAAAGUAUUAAUAAUCAUUGACUACAUCUAUGAUGUGCUUAUUUUGGUUUACUUAGAUAAUGCUGCAGUUGGUGGAAAUGAUAAACAUUUAAAGUGUUAACACUCUGUGAAUGCAUUGGAUUUAAGAGAAUAAACAUUUUAUAAAAAUCACUUGGUAAGGAUUAUAAACUUAAUUAUUGCACUUACAAUGAAACAUUAGUUUUUUUACAAUGUGUCACACAAGUUGGCUGGUAUUACUUGUAUGCUUGUGUGACUUACUUUUAGUCCACCCAACUUCUAAAAACUGAAUGUUCUAAUUGAAACACAAGAAAAGAGUCUUUUUGAAGAAAGCAAAUGUGUUGUUGCCUUUUCCCAACCUCUUAUUGAAAGUAGAAAUUUAAUUUAAAGGUAUGACCAUUUUUUGAUUUCUUAUAGAAUAUAGUUUUAAAUUUAAUUUGCCUCAUUAAAGCUAAUAGUUCCCAUUUUGAUGGGAUGUAUAGGAAGAAUAAAUGUGUGUGUGUGUAUAUAUAUAUAAUAUAUAUAUUCACAGUAUGUAUUUAGCAUUUAUUUUAUUACAGCAGAUUUAAGGUUUGUAUCUAAAUGAUGCCUAUGGGUUGUGUAAAACCAUUGGCUUUUUUUUUUCCCGACAUUACUCUGUAACUGAUGAGGUUUGGGCGUUCAUUGUAGUUCGACUAUUUAUUUGGUUCUUUAAAAGGAGGUAUUUAAAUGUCAAAUUUUUCUCUUCAUCCUUAUGACUUAACACUUCCUUGGGUUGUUGGAGGCUAAAAGUAGAUACAAAUGAUGUUGAGUGUAUGGUACAGUGAUCUUCUGCCAUAGUUCUUACUGCAUGAAGAGAACAAGAGUCACACAAGUUCAACACCUUGCAUUUCAUAGAGAAGGUGUAUAGAGAUAUUGUAAAACCUGUCUCCAUUUUCUAUCUUGAUACUUAAGGUUUUCAUGAUAUCUAGGGCCUGUCUCUAAUCUGGGUAACUUCAUUUUUGCAAAUACAGACACUGGCAUUCGAAAGAGUGAUCCAUCCAAAUUUUUUCAGCUGGAUUUUGGAAGAAGAAAAGAUCUUUCAGUGAUAUGGGUUUAUUGUUAUUGUUGUCAUCUUAUGUGCUCAGUUUGCAUGUGAUCAAAUGACAUGCAGAUUUUUAAUUUAUUUUUGGUUCCUAAAAUUAAGGUAGCUUGAAUAUUGUUUCACAUUCCUUUUUCUUUUUAAAUAACCAGGUUUGCUGUGCAAAAGGUUUAAUGAUGGAGUGUUAGUGUCUGCUGGAGCAGAACGUAGUAUUUAAAGGUUACUGAACGCUUUCUCUAGUUUUAUUAGUUAUGGCCUUAAUAUUUAGUCUUUUGGCUUAAAUGUCCACUGGUUUUACUCUGACAAGUUGAACAGCACUGGGGUUAAGUCUGAUAUUUGUGUUGGCCAUGUAUAUUAACCAUAUUUUUAAAGUACCCAUUUUGUUUGUUUUUACAGAAAAGAUAAAAUGCAAGAGGGCAAUAUAUUCCUUUUGAGGGUUUUUUAUAAAUUCUUUACAAUAUAUGAUGGGUUUUUUCCUAAUUUUUUAUAUUUCCUUACAAUUUGGUGGCCAUUAAUUUAAUUUUAGGUUUUUUGGUAUAUGCUAAUUUAGCUAGUCUGGGCUUCCAAGGAGAUACUAGACAUUUAAGUUUUCAUUACUGAAUGAAGACCUUUUAAAAAGUUGAAAGAGAAUUUGUUUUCAAGUUCAGUAGAUUUUCUUUCAAAAUUCACCUGUUUAUUAAAUAUCUUAAAAGUUUAUUUUUAAAAGCUGAGAACUUUUUAUGAGUUGUUGACUUGAUGGUUCCUAAAAGUACAACAGAUAUCAACACGCUGUGUCUAAAAUAGAAUGGUUUUAUUUUCAUUUUGCAGCACAAAACACUGAUUAGUAUAUAUAUAGAAAUGUCCACAUCAACGUUGAUUUUUGUUUUUGCCUAAUUCAAGUGUCCCUUGAGUAUGACAUCUCUGAAAUCUUCCAGGUUGGGGGGUCAGAACCAGUUAUCUGGCUUCUGUUUUGUCCAUUGCUUAGGUUUGUUCCUGUCGUCAAACUGUCCCCCCCUAAAAUGGUGUGACACAUGCUCAUGCAUAUUAUGUUAAGAUGAGUACAUCAUUGUAUUUGUAUCUUUGUUUUCAACAUUGCCAAGGUGCUAUGGGAAAUUAAAGUAACACAAAAUUAGAAUAAAAUAAAAUUAUUAAAAAGCA